ACAACAACAGCUGCUCCUACAACCACCACAACAACAGCUGCUCCAACCACCACAACCACAGCUGCCCCAACCACCACAACUACUGUUGCUCCCACCACCACCACAACCACAGCUACUCCAACAACCACCACCACAGCUAUUCCAACCACCACAACCACAGCUACUCCAACAACCACAACAACAGCUGCUCCAACCACCACAACCACAGCUGCCCCAACAACCACAACUACUGUUGCUCCCACCACCACAACAACAGCUGCUCCAACCACCACAACCACAGCUGCUCCAACCACCACAACCACAGCUGCUCCAACCACAACAACCACAGCUGCUCCAACCACCACAACCACAGCUGCUCCAACAACGACGACCACCACAACUACUGUUGCUCCCACCACCACAACCACAGCGGCUCCAACCACCACAACCACAGCUGCUCCUACCACCACCACAACAACAGCUGCUCCAACCACCACAACAACAGCUGCCCCAACAACCACAACAACCGCGGCUCCAACCACCACAACCACACCAGCCCCAACCACCACAACAACAGCUGCCCCAACAACCACAACAAACACAGCUACUCCAACAACCACCACCACAGCUAUUCCAACCACCACAACCACAGCAGCUCCAACCACCACAACAACAGCUGCUACAACCACCACAACUACUCCAACCACCACAGCUGCCCCAACAACCACAACUACUGUUGCUCCAACCACUACAACCACAGCUGCUCCAACCACAACAACCACAGCUGCCCCAACAACCACAACUACUGUUGCUCCAACAACCACAACCACAGCUGCUACAACCACCACAACCACAGCUGCUACAACCACCACAACCACAGCUGCUCCAACCACAACAACCACAGCUGCCCCAACAACCACAACUACUGUUGCUCCAACCACCACAACCACAGCUGCUCCAACCACCACAACCACACCAGCUCCAACAACCACAACUACUGUUGCUCCCACCACCACAACAACAGCUGCUCCAACAACCACAACCACAGCUGCUACAACCACCACAACCACAGCUGCUCCAACCACCACAACCACAGCUGCUCCAACAACCACAACUACUGUUGCUCCAACCACCACAACCACAGCUACUCCUACAACCACCACAACAACAGCUGCUCCAACCACCACAACAACAGCUGCCCCAACAACCACAACCACCACGGCUCCAACCACCAUAACCACACCAGCCCCAACCACCACAACUACUGUUGCUCCCACCACCACCACAACCACAGCUACUCCAACAACCACCACCACAGCUAUUCCAACCACCACAACCACAGCAGCUCCAACCACCACAACAACAGCUGCUACAACCACCACAACUACUCCAACCACCACCACAUCAGCUGCUCCAACCACCACAACCACAGCAGCUCCAACCACCACAACAACAGCUGCUCCGACCACCACAACCACAGCUGCCCCAACAACCACAACUACUGUUGCUCCCACCACCACAACAACAGCUGCUCCUACAACCACAACCACAGCUGCUACAACAACCACAACCACAGCUGCUCCAACCACAACAACCACAGCUGCCCCAACAACCACAACUACUGUUGCUCCAACCACCACAACCACAGCUGCUCCUACAACCACCACAACAACAGCUGCUCCAACCACCACAACCACAGCUGCCCCAACAACCACAACCACCACGGCUCCAACCACCAUAACCACACCAGCCCCAACCACCACAACUACUGUUGCUCCCACCACCACCACAACCACAGCUACUCCAACAACCACCACCACAGCUAUUCCAACCACCACAACCACAGCAGCUCCAACCACCACAACAACAGCUGCUCCAACCACCACAACCACAGCUGCCCCAACAACCACAACUACUGUUGCUCCCACCACCACAACAACAGCUGCUCCAACCACCACAACCACAGCUGCUACAACCACCACAACCACAGCUGCUCCAACCACAACAACCACAGCUGCUCCAACCACCACCACCACAACUACUGUUGCUCCCACCACCACAACCACAGCUGCCCCAACAACCACAACCACAGCUGCUCCAACCACAAGCUGCUCCAACCACCACAACAACCACAGGUGCUCCACAAACUACAACAACCAUAGCUGCUCCAACCACUACCACCACACCAACAACAACAACUACUCCACCAACCACCACAACUACUCCAACCCCCACAACCACUCCAAUCACCACAACCACUCCAGUUUCCACAACCACUCAAACCACAACAACCAUUCCAAUCACCCCAACAACUCCAACAACCACGACAGUCACCACUACCACUCAAGCCACAACAACCACUUCAACCACCACAACCAUUCCAAGCAUUACAAGUCCAAUCACUACAACCACUCAAACCACAUCAACCACUCCGAUCACUACGACAACUGUUCCAAUCACAUUAACCACUCAAACAACAACGACUCCCACCACAUCAACCAUUGUUUGAAGAUCGGCUCAUCUCUGGAAUACCCCACACAGUUAACGUAA